AUGUCACCAAAAAAAUAUAUCACAGAUUAUAAUCGAUCCAUGACAAAAAAAACAUUCGUUAAAUGGAAGAUUUUUCAAUUUUUAUCCAAUAUGAAACGAUCAUCACCACUAGUAUUAAUGUUCUUGUCAUUAUCAUUGAUCACUAUGGCUAUGGCACUGAAUGAUGAUAAUGAUCAUCGAUCUUUUACAAUAAAAUUUGACAAAGAAUCGACAAUUUCUAAGAAUCGAAAUGAUAAUGGUGAAAAAAUCGAAAAUUCAUCGGCAACAGCAGCAUUUCCGAUAAAAAUAAUAUCGUUUAAAGUAAAAAGACCACCAACACCACCUCCAUAUGUAUCUGGAAGUAAUUCUAAUGAUUUAAUCAAAAUUAAAAUCAUAAAUCAUGAAUCCAGAUAUAUGAAACGAUUAACGUAUCAAAUGAUACAAUGGAUCAUGCGACAACGACGACGACAACAACAGCAACAACAACAACAACGAAAUGAUUAUCGAAUGCAACCAAAAUUGAAAAUAUCGAAUGUAAAUAUCAAUCGAAUCUAUCCAUCAUCAUCAUCACCACCACCACCACCACCAAGGAAGAAUGAUUGUCCAAAUUGCCGAUAUCGUAGGCAAAAUGUUAAUCAAAAUAGUGGCUGUGGUGAUGGUUAUGGUGAUUGUAAAAAACAAAAACCACAAUAUCAACUUAGUGGUUGUGGUGAUGGUUAUGGUGAUUGUAAAAAACAAAAACCACAAUAUCAACUUACUGGUUGUGGUGAUGGUUUUGGUGAUUGUAAAAAACAAAAACCACAAUAUCAAAUUAGUGGUUGUGGUGAUGGUUUUGGUGAUUGUAAAAAACAAAAACCACAAUAUCAAAUUCCUGAUGAUGAUUAUAUUGAAAAUUUGAAUUUGUUUACAUUUCAAAUGUUGAAAUUUUUAAUGGAAUUGGAUCGUCGUCAACAGCAACAACAACGAAGAAAUGCUGUCAUUAUGAAUCGUAAUGUAAAUGUUUAUCAUCCACAACAACGACAACCACCAAUGCCAAUGCCAAUACGACGUCGACAAUGA